AUGUCUGGCGCCGUCGCUCGUCUCGUCAACAUUGUUGGCGGCGUCGUUCCAGCUCUGUCUUCCUCCGUGACGAAGUCCAGUACUGACAAUGUGGCAAGCGCGGAUCUCGGCCUUGUUGGCCUUGCUGUCAUGGGACAGAACAUCAUUCUGAACAUGGCCGACCAUGGCUACACUAUUGCGGCCUUCAACCGCCAAGGGCAAGUCCAUUGUUGGCGCCCACUCCAUCGAGGAGUUCGUCUCCAAGCUCAAGACGCCCCGCCGUGUCAUGCUCUCGUCCAGGCCGGCAAGGCCGUCGAUGACUACAUCGAGACCCUCAUCCCCCUCCUCGAGCGCGGCGACAUCAUCAUUGAUGGCGGCAACUCCCACUUCCCCGACUCCAACCGCCGCACUCAAUACUGCGCCAGCAAGGGCCUGCGUUUCGUCGGCUCCGGUGUCUCCGGUGGCGAGGAGGGUGCCCGCUACGGCCCCUCCAUGAUGCCCGGUGGUAACGAGGAGGCCUGGCCCUUCAUCAAGGACAUCUUCCAGGACAUCGCCGCCAAGAGCGACGGCGAGGCCUGCUGCGACUGGGUCGGUGACGAGGGUGCUGGCCACUACGUCAAGAUGGUCCACAACGGUAUCGAGUACGGUGACAUGCAGCUCAUUUGCGAGGCCUACGACAUCAUGAAGCGUGGCCUCGGCAUGUCCUACAAGGAGAUGGGCGACACCUUCGCCAAGUGGAACACUGGUGUUCUUGACUCCUUCCUCAUCGAGAUUACCCGUGACAUCCUCUACUUCAACGACGAGGAUGGCACUCCCCUUGCCGAGAAGAUUCUUGACAAGGCCGGCCAGAAGGGUACCGGCAAGUGGACCGCCGUCAACGCCCUUGACCUCGGCAUGCCCGUCACCCUGAUCGCCGAGGCUGUCCUCGCCCGCUGCCUGUCCGCCAUCAAGGACGAGCGCACCAAGGCCUCUGGUGUUCUUCGCUUCGAGAGCCGCGUUCAGAAGUUCGAGGGCGACAAGCAGCAGUUCCUCGACGAUCUCGAGCAGGCUCUGUACGCCUCCAAGAUCAUCUCGUACGCCCAGGGCUUCAUGCUCAUGCAGGAGGCCGCCAAGGAGUACGGCUGGAAGCUCAACAAGCCCUCGAUCGCCCUCAUGUGGCGCGGUGGCUGCAUCAUCCGCUCCGUCUUCCUCAAGGACAUCACCUCUGCCUACCGCAAGAACCCCGACCUCCAGAACCUCCUGUUCGACGACUUCUUCAACAAGGCCAUCCACACCGCCCAGCCCGGCUGGAGAGACGUCGUCGCCAAGUCGGCGCUCCUCGGCAUUCCCACCCCCGCCUUCUCUACCGCUCUGUCGUGGUUCGACGGCUACCGCACCAAGGACCUUCCCGCCAACCUUCUGCAGGCCCAGCGUGACUACUUCGGCGCCCACACCUUCCGUGUCAAGCCCGAGCACGCCAACGAGAAGUACCCCGUUGACACGGAUGUUCACGUCAACUGGACCGGCCGUGGCGGCAACGUUUCUGCGUCUACGUACCAGGCUUAAAAGGGGUGUGUGCGUUGUGGUAAUGGGUCCGGACAGGAUGGGGUGAUCUUACGUACUUGCCAGCCAGAUGCUGGAUCAUGAAAUGAAAGACAAUUGUAACAUG